GCACUCUUCGUUGUUGCGAUGCACUGUGGGAUUGGUGUGUAUUGACAUAGCAACCGGGCCAAAGAGCCGCCGCCGAGUAUUUCAGUUCGGAUUAGUUUUUGCUUCAGUUUUCUUCGGUUAAAGUGCUGAGCUGCGCUUUCCGCCGCAGCCAUGAACGCGGCGGUGGUGAAAAAGACUCAGGACACGCUGGGAAAAGUAAUAAAGAAACCGCCGCUCACGGAGAAACUGCUGAGCAGGCCGCCGUUUCGGUACCUUCAUGACAUCUUCAGCGAGGUCAUCAGGACCACUGGUUUUAUGAAGGGCUUGUAUGAAGAAAAAGAAAUGAAGUCAGAUAGUGUCAAGGAAAAGGACUCUAAAAUAGCCUUUCUUCAGAAAGCAAUAGAUGUUGUGAUGUUGGUUUCUGGUGAGCCUCUGGCAGCAAAGCCUGCACGAAUCGUUGCCGGCCAUGAGCCCGAGAAAACCAACGAGCUGCUACAGGCCAUCGCAAGGUGCUGCCUCAACAAGUUGUCCAGCGACGACGCAGUGAAGCGAGUUCUCGCAGGAGAAAAGGUGGACUUGAAGACGAAAGCGAGCUCCUCCAGGUCUCAGGGCAAGGAAAACAGGGAGGGAAAGGACCGACAGCUGGAUAAGGAGGAAAAGAAAAAGAUAGAGCGCAGCGGCAGCCGGGAACAGAAGGAUGCGAAACAGCCCAAAGAACAGGAGAGCCGACACAGAGACAAAGAAGAUCACCGUGAUCAUGAGCGCACAGAAAGGCAACACCACAGUGAGCAGGAACAUCUGGCUAAACACCGCGACAAAGACAAGAGCCAAGACCGGGAACGAGAGCGAGACAAGGAUCGAGACAAAGGACGUGCCAGGGACAAGGACAGGGACAGAGAUCGAGACAGAGACAAGGACAAGACCAGAGAGAGGGAUUCUCACAGAGACAGAGAAAGAGGCAAAGAAAAACGAACAGACAAAGACAGAGAGAGACACAAAGACUGGGAUGAAAAAAACAGAAGUGGAGAUAGAGAAAAUGAUAAGGCCAGAGAGUCUGGGGAACCUCAGCAGAAACCCCGUCCUGAAGAGCAGAGCAGCAAAUCAGCCAAAACUGUGCCAGCAUCUGACAGUCCAGCGAGGAUACCCCGACCCUCAUCUGCCAAAGGCCAGAGGCGGAAAGCCAAAGUUGGAAUUAAUGCAGAUGAGUCUGACAGUGAAGGAGAUGGAGAUGUUCUGUUGGCCCAGAGACAGGUUCCUCAGGAGAACGGAGACUCUGAAGAAUCCUCAGUGCCAACAUCAGACAAGACUUCUAGACGAAUAGCUCGGCCAAGCAGUGCUCGUCCAGCACCUCCUCGAGUCAAGAGACAGGAGAGCAACGCUGAAGGGACCCCAUCUGAGAGGCUGUCGAGUGCCAAGCCCCCAGCUCCGAUUAUAAUGGACGGAAAGAGAAUGUCAGAGGACGAAGAGGAUGACGAUGAGCAGUUCCUAGUGGUGGAAGCAGUCCCUCCACUUCCAGAUGUUUCUGAAACAGAGAGAGAACCUGCUCAAGAACUCGACACUGAUGAAAAACAUGGUGGACUCGUGAAGAAGAUCCUUGAAACUAAGAAAGACUAUGAAGUGACUCCAUCCCCGCUAAAAUCUAAAGAACAGAACUUGGUGUCCGAAACGGCUCGUAAAAAAGAGCGGGAGCAGGUGACACGGGAGAUCGAGCGGCUUCACUCCUCAAUUCAGAUGGUGUGUCGGAGUUCCUUACCACUUGGGAAGAUCAUGGACUACAUCCAGGAGGACGUGGACGCCAUGCAGGCUGAGCUGCAAGGCUGGCGGCGGGAGAAUAAGGAGCAUGCACAGGCCUUGCUGCAGGAGCAGAGAGCAACGGACCGGGCCGUGGAGCCUCUCAAAGCCGAGCUGGCCGAGCUAGAACAGCUGAUUAAGGACCAUCAGGAUAAGAUUUGUGCUGUGAAGUCCAACAUACUGAAGAAUGAGGAGAAGAUCCAGAAGAUGGUGACUGGGAUCAACUUUUCUUCCAGAACCUGAGUAAAAAACUAAUGAGAAAAAGCAAAUAUGACAAAAGAGCUGCACUGCGCUUCAGAGAUCCGGUUUUAGGCCGAAUGGAUCCAUCUGGCUGUUGUUUUAAACCGUAUCUUUGCUGAAUUGGGUCUGUGUACUGAUUCGAACUUGAAGAUAGGUUGGAUUGCUUGAGUACCAGCCCGUUUAGCAACCACCAGUACCAUACUGAAAAUAUUUAAUUAUCAUUUCAGUUACAAGGCAUGAAAACUUGUGGAACAAAUAACGUGAAAAUUGACUGCAAGUAGAAUUUCUGGUCUUUUGUUCUCAGUUUUUAUAUUAUUUUGACCUAUUAUCUAAACUCAUAUAAUCAAACUGACGCAUUCAGCUGACUGAACAUUAAUUCAGAUUUGUUUCGGGAUAUAGGAGAAAACUCCAAUUAGCCCAACUUAGUCACAUUCUUUAUUAUAGCAUCUUGGCUUUAAUUCCUCUGAUGUGUCCUUCAUCCAGCUCCUCUCCAGCUCUCAGCCCUUAAAAUGUUGUUCAGAAAGCUUUUCCCCAUCACAUCAUCUACUUUUGAUGCACUGCUGCACUUUGAUAUUCUCUUCUUAAUUAGUGAGGGAGAAAAAGAUGCUUUAUGUAAACUUGGCAGCUAAAGAAUCUCCUUUGUAUCAUAAAUGAACACCUGAACAUCCUCAUUUUGCCACUUUUAGCAAAGAAACACAAGAAACGUUGCCAUAAGCACAGAACAGACCAGCUUAAUGAAUUAAAUAAAACUAGAAGGGUUACAUUUCACUCCUGUUACAGCUGUAUGACUUGUACUUUAUACACAAUGCUCAUAGGUAUAAAUGAAGAUAUUAGUCUGUCCUUGAUAUUUUCGAAUUACAGCAGCAGAAACAUGUCGUUUUAGUCUAUAUGUGGAUUUAUUAUGGUUACAUAUGUUUUCUUCCAUGGUGAUGAAUGUCCUCCUGAAUAAAAACGCAUUAUCAACAUAAUAUAUAAUCUGAUUUUCAUUCAAGCAGUCGCCCAUUUGGUGCUGCUGCUUCACAAAAGCCUCCCAAAGUGAGCAGACUGUAAACAUUUACCCAAACCCUGCAGAACAAUCCUGAUUGGACUGAUGAAUAAAAUCCAGUCGAAUCCACAGAGUUCAUUCAAUAGUACAGCUCUUUUUCUCUGCUCCAUAUGGACUGUCAUGAAGGUACAGAAAAGCUGUUUGGCAGCAUACGUUUUCCAGAUUUGUCAUCCAUCUGCUACAUUGUUGCAGCUUGUGAAGGGUCUUUUGGGGUCAUCCUGUUUAAAAAAGGGGGCCUGGUAAUGAGCUUUAAAGCACAUUCAACUUUUACACCAGUAGCAUAAUCUCACUUUGAAACUUUUGGAAAAAUCCAACCUUAAUUUGAGUACACUUGUUGGGUGAAUAGGAAGGCUCCCCAAGUUUCCAUAACAACCAGCAGGCGAUAUCUACAUGCCAACCGAUCGUUUGGAUGGCGUUUUAGGAAAGAGAUUUCUUCUGUCCUUUCAUCACAAGCAUAAAACAUGUAAAGCUUCCUCAGCUUGCCAGAACUUCAACUGGAAGCCCGUGCUUUGGUCAGAUCAGCCUUUGUUUGAGGUGGAGGUGGGUUUGGUAUGAAACAAAAGGUAAAAAUGUUGAAAACUCCUCGGUGGAGGGUCUGUGAUGCUGUGGGACAGUUUCUCUUCCUAAGGCGCUGUAAACCUCAUAAGAGUUGGAGCAUCGCAGACUCCUUGAAAUACCAGAACAUUUUAAAUAAACUUGUGGUGGCUUCACAUCAAUGGUUCACCACACACAAUCAGCCUUCUCUCAUGGCCAUCCCAAUCAUCAGACCUACAUCCUAUAACAAUCUGUUGGGGUGGGCUGAGGAGAAGAGAACUUAAGGCAGAACCCAGGACUCUGGAUGUUCUGAACAGGUUGUGGCAAGAGAAAUGUCCAAAGAUCUCCUGAACAGUUACUGGAGAAGACAAAGUGUUGGACUAAAUUAAAGGGGAUUAUACAGAAUAUUACCACCAAGGGUGCAAAUGAUGCUGGUCUUUAGAAGAAUAAUUAUGUAACGUGGCAUUUUUCUCUCCGCUGAAUCAUUUCCUUUAAACUGGAUUUGAUGUGAUUUAAUUUUUUUAAAACAUUCAGUGUGAGAUUGUGCCGUGACUUAAAGAUGUUUACCUGUGGUGCCAGCAAGAGGGCGACGUAAACGGCUUGCUUAAAUUCAUCUGAAGGAAUCGGCGACAUCUGUGCCGAGAACAUGAACUAAUUUAUGAUUUCUACUAAUGCCAUGGCCUAAAACUCGUAAUAAAAAGACAAAUGGAUCUGUAAAUGCAUAGCGCUGUCUUAUGUUUUUUUGCCUAUAAGCUAAACGCACAGCUUGCAGCUGUAUAACUGGCACAUUUUAUCUGACUGCUCAGGAAAGAAAAACACCAAAUUUACACAAACUAGAGAAGCUGCAUUACAAUGCAACAACAGCUGCACAACGGUGAAGAUUCAGCAGUCAAACUGCACUAACAGAUCAGACUUUAUUUUUAUAGCAAUAUUUUAUGAGAUCCUUCUAAAAUAACAGAAACAUACAGGAGUUUUAGUCUUGGAGCGUCUCAAAGGAAAAACUGAUAAAGUGAUGACCUGUAUAUGCUCCUUUGUUACUCAAAAUUACUACGUUCACUGUACUCUGUUUGUAACAUGCUCUCAGUUUACCUAUAAACUGUACAUAAUGUAUAUGUGGAGAUUGUAUCAUAGUUUAAAUGACUAUAUAAUUUUGUAGUGGAGUGAAAUAAAUGAACACAUUGCUGUAAA